AUGGGAGGACUACAACUCCCGGCGGGGGGCGCGCGGCCAGCUGCCCGGCGCAGGCGCGAAGGCCGAUUGGUAAACAACCGCGGGGCGGCCGCGGGCCUCGCCCCCACCCGAUUGGUCGGACCGCGGGCCCCUCCUCCAUGCCGCCAGACGCCCAUUAGCCGGCGCGUCCGCCCAUCAGGGGCGGGGGCGCCGCCGAUUGGUCGGGAUCCUAGCUGGGCCAGCUCCAUUCACCAUUUUGGAGCCUGGGCUUCCCACAUCUGGACCAAUGUGGAGCCACGCUCCGUGCCCGUCUUUCCCUGGCAUUCAUUGGUCCCUUUCCUCGCUCCCAGCCAGCCUGACUCUUCCGUCCAACCAACCGAGGCUGAGCAGCCCACCUGUCACACUGGAUCAUCCAAUCAGGUUAAAGAGCCUCUGCAGUCAGCGCAGGGCAUGCGCAGCCCUGUGGAAAUGUCCCAGGACCCGGAGACACAAGAGGAGCCAGACAGUCCCCCGCAAAUUAGCAGCGAGGCAGCCAAACCUCCUCCCCAUGAAGAUGAAAUGCAGGGCUUACCGGACCAGAGACUGGACAGUGAGACCGAGAGUGACCAUGAUGAGGCCUUUCUGUCCAGCACGGGAGUGGACGCUGUCUGCCUUCCCCCCGAGAAACGCCGGACCAAGUCGCUCAGCGCACUGCCAAAGGAGCGAGACUCCUCUUCUGAGAAAGAUGGCCGGAGCCCGCACAAGCGCGAGAAGGACCAUAUCCGGCGACCGAUGAACGCCUUCAUGAUCUUCAGCAAGCGCCACCGGGCGCUCGUUCACCAGCGGCACCCCAACCAGGACAACCGGACAGUCAGCAAGAUCCUCGGCGAGUGGUGGUACGCCCUGGGCCCCAAGGAGAAGCAGAAGUACCACGACCUGGCCUUUCAGGUGAAGGAGGCUCACUUCAAGGCCCACCCUGACUGGAAGUGGUGCAACAAGGACCGCAAGAAAUCGAGCUCCGAUGUCAAAGCCGCCAUGGUGGGGCCUGGCGCCGUGAGGUGUAAGGAGCAGCGGGAGCGCAGCAUGUCGGAGACUGGGACCCUCUCCGCUAUGUUCGCUCCGGUGAUUCAGUCGUCGCAGCCCGGAAGCUACGCGCCGUGCCGGACACCAGUGGACGUUCCCCGGGACCGAGCGUUACCGAUCCGGACAGAGGCCCUCGGCGGCAGCGAGGGUGGGGGAGGGGCCCAGGGAGCGGACCCCCAGCCGGCGCGGGGCUAUGGGCCCUUCCAGACCCCGGCCCACGCCGCCUACCGAGCGGAGCCGGAGCACAAGCCCAGGCCCGAGCCGCCGCAGCAGCAGCCGCCGCCACCGCAGACGGCGGCCAGACGGGGAGACGUCCGCUUCACUGUCGCGGAACCCGGCCCGCCCUACGACAGAAAGCGGAAGAAGCCGGAGGGGGCGGAAGGGGGCGGCCGCCUGUACGCCGGUCAGUCGGUCAUCGCCCCCCUCGGCCUGGCCCCCUGCCACCAGCCGCCGGGCGACGCCGGGGCGGAGAGGGCGGCCCCCGCCCGCUGCCCCAAGGCCCCCCCCGGCGGCACCGUCCUGGUCAGCGCCCCUCCGGCUGCCGCCGCCCCCACCUCUGUCACCAACGUGCUGCGGCCGGUCAGCAGUGCGCCGCCGCCCAGCGGCCAGAGGCCCCACCCCCUCGGCCAGGCCGAAUUUGCCGGCGGCGGUGGUGUUGCCGGCGGGCGGGUGCCCUGCCCCUCCCUGGGCAUCGGCGUGCUCUACACCCCGGGCCAGGCGGAGAAGAAGCCCCCCCCUCACCUGGUGAACUUCAGCCCCCUGACCAAGCCGGCCCCGGCAGGGCCGCUCAUGACCAACCUGGUGAUGAGCUCGCCCGCCGGGGGCAACCCCUCCUCCUCCUCCUCCUCCUCUGCCCCCUCCUCCUCCUGCCCCUCCGCAGCCCCCGGCUUGGUGCUGCCCUCGCAGCCCUCCCUGCAGUUCAUCGCCCAGACCCCGGCGGGCAGCCAGAACGGCGCGCUGCCCCUGGGCAUCAUCCAGCCCCAGCAGCUGAAGCCGGGCGCCAUCGCCCAGCUCCAGUACAUCCUGCCCACCCUGCCGCCGCAGCUCCAGCUCUCGCCGGCCGGCAAGCCCCCGCCCGCCACCGGCACCGGCACCGCCGCCAGCAUCCACUUCACCCUGCCGCCCCCCAACGGCAAGGUCCUGGCCGCUUCCGCCGCUCCUCAGGGCAUCCCCAUCAUCCAGCCCACGCCCGUGGUCAACCCCGGUGUCGUGCAGAAAGUUCAGUCCAUGUCGCCAGUGCCUGCACACUCGCCCAUCAACGCCACGCAGGUGGUUCAGCCCUCGGGCCUACACCCAGCCGCCAGCCAGGUGCAAGGGAAGAUGCUGGUGGCCGUGCCAGCGCCACAAGUGACCAUGGGCGCGGUGGCCACCGCCAGCGCCGGCCAGGUACCCAUGGCGACGCCUUCGAUCCCGCUGCCUGUGCAGAACGGAGCCCAGCAGCAGGCGGGCAAGAUUAUACAGAUUGCGCCUAUCCCUGUGGUGCAGCAGCAAGUCAGCUCGCAGGGUCCAGUUCAGCAGCCAGCCAGUCCAGCACUCCACACCAGCUUCCCCACCAUGGCCACAGCCAUGAUGGCCACUUCCAGCCACCCGCAGAAGAUGCUGCUGCCAACGUCAAACAGGAUAACCUACAUCCCGUCCACGGCGGGAGUACAACCUUCCAUCCCACUGGUCACAUCGGCUUCCUCCGUCCACAGUGCUUCCACCACAACCUACCGGCAGCACCCCCUGACGCUUGGAUUCACCGCUAUUGGACCGGAUGGGCGGACUGUGCUGCAGCCCCUGUUAGCAGGUCAGACUCCACUCCUGACCACGGGACAGGUCAGCUCCACUCAGCUGUCUGGCCCGCCGCUCCAGACUGCCACGCCCGGGCAGCUCAUCACCGCCAUCUACCCGUCUCCGGCCAGCGCCGCCGCCGCCGCCGCUGGGACCACCCACAACCUGGUCUACACGGCCUCGCCCUCGCUGCCCACCACCACGCUGCCGGCAGCCAUCCUGCCCAAGGCCCCCAGUGCCACCGUGACCUCGACCAUCACAGUGACCCCGGGCCCUCUGCACGGAGCAGGGGUGGUGACGCCGGGGUCCCUGGCGCCAGUGUCCUCGCAGGGGGCAUCUUCGACUCCCUACCACAGCAGGCCAGUGACACCCGUACCAGGAAACCUGCCCUUCAGCCUGAGGCCUGUCCGACCUUUACAGAAGCAGCAGCAGCAGCAGGCGGUGAAAGCCAAGACCCCGGCCCCGAGCGUCCCCAACGCCGGCCUGUAUGAGCCCCCCACCCCCAGCCGGGCUGGGGGGAAGCCGCAGGCCGCUGGCGGUCCGGCCACGGAGCGAGGGGACGGCCGGCCGGACACGCCGCAGCGAGCGGCCCCGGAGGAGGGGCCCUCGCGGGAGCCCCAGGAGGACGGGCCGGCGCGGGAGGCUUGGCAGCUCCCGGCAGCGGGCGCGGCGGCCCCGGCAGAGGAGGCGGCAGCGGCAGCGCCACCGCCGAGGGAACCCGGCGCCCAGCACCAGGCCCCCGCCGAGGACAGGGCCCCCUGCGACCCCUGCCCGCAAGCUGGGCCCUCGGGGGAGGACAGGGCUCCCUGGGACGCGGGGUCAGGGGUCACCCCCAGGAGCACGGGGAGCCCCAUCGGCUACACCACAAAGUCGACCAACACGGAGAUCACCUUCAAGAAGGAGCCCAUGCAGGGGAAGUAUACUGCAAGCAGCGAGUGGCGGGGGCCUCUCCCAGACACUCGACCUGAAGCAUCAUCAGCCCCUCAGACCCCGGCGACCUCGUGUGACACUGCCAAACCCUCGAGCAGCUCGGCGGACACCACAGACAAGAAGGAUCCACCCAAGAAGAUGAAAGUGAGGCCACCACCAUUGAAGAAAACCUUUGAUUCUGUUGACAAGGUGCUGUCUGAGGUGGAUUUUGAGGAGCGGUUUGCAGAGCUGCCAGAGUUCCGGCCAGAGGAAGUUCUGCCUUCGCCCACGUUACAGGCGCUCACCACCUCACCCAGAGCCAUUCUCAGCAGCUAUCGGAAGAAGCGGAAAAACUCCACCGACCUGGAUUCCUCCACCGAAGACCCAAUCUCUCCAAAGCGGAAGAUUCGGCGUCGUUCCAGCUGCAGUUCGGAACCCAACACGCCGAAGAGUGCAAACCGCGAGGGAGACAUCUUCACCUUCGACAAACCUGCUGCCCAGGGAUCAGACGCCGAUGAUGUACUGGCCGAUCUGGAGUUUGACAAGGUGCCAUACUCGUCUCUGAGACGGACACUGGACCAACGGCGGGCACUGGUCAUGCAGCUGUUCCAUGAGCACGGAUUUUUCCCGUCAGCACAAGCCACUGCAGCCUUCCAGGCCCGCUACUCGGACAUCUUCCCCACCAAGGUGUGCCUGCAGCUGAAGAUCCGGGAGGUGCGGCAGAAAAUCAUGCAGACGGCCGCCCCGAACGAGCAGCCCCAGUCGCCCCCCGGCCAGCCACCCCAGGACCCGCUGGCCAGGGGCGAGGAGGAGGCCGAGACAGGGGAGGAGCCAGAGAGGCCGGAGCUGUCCCCGGGCGAGAGCGGAGACCCCGGCACCAACACGAGGUGAUGACAGCGGCCGGGCGGAUGGGAGGUGGCGGCCGGUUCCAAGCGGUUUUUUUUCUUUCCUGAUUUUUAUAUAUAGAUUAUAUAUAAAUAUAUAAAUGUAUAAAAAAAAAACCAGUCCCAAGGCCCCACCGCCGGCGUGGGGAACAGGCGACACCGCCAAGCAGGGCCCCAUGAUCCCCCCCUCCCUCCCGCCCUCCAGGAUGGCUCGAGACACUGACCUCGUGGCCCAAGGAUCCUGCGGACAGCCAGCGCCAGGACAGUGACCGGGGCCGGCGGCCAGCGCCAGGACAGUGACCGGGGCCGGCGGCCAGCGCCAGGUCAGUGACCGCGGCCGGCGGCCAGCGCCAGGUCAGUGACCGCGGCCGGCGGCCAGCGCCAGGUCAGUGACCGCGGCCGGCGGCCAGCGCCAGGUCAGUGACCGCGGCCAGCGCCAGGUCAGUGACCGCGGCCGGCGGCCAGCGCCAGGUCAGUGACCGCGGCCGGCGGCCAGCGCCAGGUCAGUGACUGCGGCCGGCGGCCAGCGCCAGGUCAGUGACCGCGGCCGGCGGCCAGCGCCAGGUCAGUGACCGCGGCCGGCGGCCAACGCCAGGUCAGUGACCACGGCCAGCGCCAGCACAGUGACCGGAGCCGGCGGUCAGCGCCAGCACAGUGACUGGAGCCGGCGGUCAGCGCCAAGACAGUGACCGGAGCCGGCGGUCAGCGCCAGGACAGUGACCGGAGCCGGCGGUCAGCGCCAGGACAUGGACUAGGGCCGGCGGUCAGCGCCAGGACAGUGCACCAGAGCCAGCGGUCGGCACCAGGUCAGUGACUGGAGCCGGCGGCCGGCACCUGGACAGUGCACCAGGGCCGGCGGUCGGCGCCAGGACAGUCACCAGAGCCAGCGGUCAGCGCCAGGACGGUGCACCGGGUCCAGGGCCAGGACAGUGCACCAGAGCCGGCGGCCAGCACCAGGACAGUGACCAGAGCCGGUGGUCAGCGCCAGGACAGUGACCGGGGCCAGGGGCCAGCGCCAGGACAGUGCACAAGGCCGGCAGCCAGCGCCAGGACAGUGACCAGGGUCGGCGGCCAGCGCCAGGACGGUGCGCAGGGCCAGCUCCAGAACAGUGCACCGGGGCCGGCGGCCAGGACAGUGACCAGGGCCGGCGGCCUGUCCGCAGGGGAGGGGACGUGGGUAGGGGAGACAGGACAACGUGUGGGCGAGCUUUGAUAAGUACUCCGGCCCCCUUAAGCCCUGCCCCCACACACCACGCUCCCCGUCGCCUCGCCUCGAUAGCCCAGGAGCAGUGGGCCGAGGGCUAUUUCAGGCAUGUCUGCUCGGAGCCCCUGCACUCUCUCUCGCACACACGCAGCGAGCUCCGGCGCUGGGAAAGGCUCCUGUGAGGACCUGCGCCCACACACACACACACAACACAAAAACAAUCUGCAAUACAAGGAAUACUAUACUCCCACCCCCAUACUCACUGUCUGGGGAACAUAGACUGCUUCUGUAUGUUUCAAAGCCCAGUCCUUCACAACGGGAUGUUUUUAUCAGAUCUAAUUGUAUUAGGGAGCUCUGUACAGAUUCCCCACUAUGUUACUGAUUCCAACCUCUCCCCACCCCCCUCCCAAUCCCUCAUUCUCUCACCCUCACUCUCCCCUUUCUAUACCCCCUCUGCUUUCUCUCACUCCUCCUCACCACCCCCCCCCCCCCAACUACUUUGCUUCUCCCUCUCCUUUGUCACCCCCUCUGUUCCUUCCCUCUGUCACUCUAUCUCCCUUUCUCUCUCUCACACACUCCCCUCUUCACCCCCAUCCCACACACGCUCUCCCUCCACCUCUCACUUUUCCCUACCCCCCCACCUGCCCUUUCAUUUCCCACACCCGAUUUCAUUCCCCCCCCCCACCCCUCCGGAUGCUCUCACUCCUCCCUCCUCUUCCCUCUCUCCUUCCUUCCACCUCCGCACCACCAGCCCACCCACCCCCCCCCACCCCCCGGCCUCCAGCUAUCUCUUGUGCUAAAGCAUUCUGUACAGAAUAUGUAAAGUUGCUUUGUAUUAUAGAUUGAAGCUGCCCCUAAGGGGUAACAUCUCCUAACUGUGCAAAAUGUGUUUUUAAUACAAUCCUUG